AUGCCCAAAUUUGUGAGGCGCCAGCCUCUCACGGAACGCAUCAAGGGCUACCUCAACCCCUAUGAUUUCCUCCUGUGGUUGUCAGAAGAGCUCGAAUCCAACGGCUGGGAUCAGCUGGAGAAAGAAUGGGCUGCACCUAUUGGUAUUGCAUUGAACGUUGUCUUCGUCAUUGCGAGAGCCAACUCCAAACCCAGAACAACCAGCUAUGAUGAUGUGUUUGGCGAUAUUCCAGGAGUGGCGUGGACAACCUGGUUGGCGACCUUCAUUGUCCACUUCUUGACGUUGUCUUGCAUCGUCAAUGCUACCUAUACCUUCUGGCGGAAAAGACAUUAUCGCCUGUUCGAAACAUCUGUUGACGACGUGCCGAGCACCCCUUCCGCCAAACGGGUCCGAGUCGAUUCCUCCCCUGUUUCCUCUUCUCCCUUACAGUUUCUCUCGCGUAUUAUUGGAACAGAGACUGCCCAAUCAAGAGCACAUCCUGAUGCAACAAGAGAUGUCUGGGAGGUCGCCGUCUGGGACCCAUUACCUAUAUCCCUACGCUUAUUCUGCCACUUCAGUCCUGGCCACGUCCUCGUUUACUGGCUUUUCCUGCCUACUCUCCCUUCUGACCCUAGACCUAGCGUCACAAUUGCAACAGCCAUGUUCGUUGCACUGCUUCUCUCUGCGCAGCUCCUUUUCCUGCAGUCAAGCUAUUCCGCUCAGGUCAAAGACUCAGCCUUGAUAUCCAAAGAAGUAUUACAUGAGUACGAUACGAAAUACGUCAGACCACGGACUCAGCCACUUUAUCGAGAUGUGGGCACCCAGUUCAGUGAGCAAGCCUCGUACAGCUCGAGUCGUGACGAGAAGUACAACAAGGUCGACGUCUACACACCCAUGGUGGUCAUUAAUCGCGGUUUCCGACCGAAUCCAAACCCCAGUUACGCGCAGUAUACAGAUCCCGAUACAGCGGUAUCGAGCUCCAAUAUUCGGCAACGAAUGACCACCCCUGAUUUCCGUUCACCGAUUCACAAUGCCAACCCUAGCACAGCUGUGAGACCUCCGGUGGGAAUGCGACAACCAAACUUCCGACCAACAGCCACUGGCGGUGAGGGUGGGAGUCUGGGUGUAUACUCUCAUGCUGCCUCUCCUCUCCGGAAAAGUGCUUCAACCCAUUUUUCUCGCGAGAAUAGGAUGGCUAGUCCCGAGAAACGGGGGUCAAGCCCGGACAAGAGAAUGAGUGUCCCUGCUGCUGCUGCUUCCCAACGAUGGGCUCAAUUUCAACCUGAUAAACACCGAAGAGAGAGCGGUCGCUUCUAG